CUCGAUCAAUAAUGUUGCAGAAGCUGAGAGCAGUCAAUAAUUCUUUUGAAAAUGAUGGAACAGCAUAGGCAUAUGGCAUUUUUAUGUGCAUGACCUGGAAUGGCACAAUGAUGGCGAUGUUGACAAGACUCAGUAUUGUUAUGUUAGUUGGUGUAUCAGUACAUACUGCACAAGGAAAAUAUCCGGGAGAGGAACACCAUGAAGUAGGAACACUAGAAGGGGAUGUCCAGAACUGGGCAGUCCUAAUAGAAAACUAUAUACUUCAGCUUGCCUAUGAUGGUAUAAAUCAACACUACACACAGGGUUAUCUUGAUCAGGCCAUGUAUCUCUCUGAUACAAAAAAUGGAGAAGAUAUUGUUAAACUUGUCAAAGAUAAUCUUGCUGACUACUUUGAACAAAAGAAAAAGGCUGCUGAGAGUUUGGUUGAGAACAUAACAAAACUGCAUGAUGAGUUUCUGUUGUCAAAUGGUAGUGCCAACGUGAGCAAACUGUCCAUGUUACCCCAGGAGGUCUAUGCUGACUCUGAUAUCCCAGAGAGACUGCCGGAACAUAGAAAUUUUAACCCGUACUUCAAGCAGCAAGUGAGUUGGGACCAGUCUACUGUUAAGAUUGCUGAUGAAGUACCACGAGAUGAUAUAAGUACUAUCAACACUGUCCACUUCACUGCAAAACUUGACAAACUAUUCAAGGAAAAUCAUGACAUUGACCCUACCCUAAGAUGGCAAUAUUUUGGAUCCACAGCAGGUAUUGUAAGGAUUUUUCCUGGCAGAGAGUGGUCAACAAAUUUUGCAGGUUUCUAUAAUGAUUAUGAUCCGAGAGUGAGACCAUGGUACAUUGCAGCCACAAGUGGUCCCAAAGAUGUCAUUAUCAUUUUGGAUUGCAGCUAUUCAAUGAGAGGGGAAAAAUUCAGUAUUGCCAAAGGUGUUGCAAAAACAGUGAUUAACACAUUAACAAAACAGGACUACGUUAAUGUGAUCUGUGCGCGUGCUAGUUACUGGGAUGAAGUUGGCAAGUGGCAUUUUUAUGAGACUACAGUAUUGAGUUGUCAAGCAGAACGCAUGGUACCAGCCACUAUUGCACAUAGAAAAGACCUUAUCAAAAAUGUGGAAAAUCUUAGACCAGGGGGAACCAGUGAACUGGAGAGUGGCUUUGAGAAGGCAUUUAGCUUGUUGAAUAGUAAUCCACGAACAGGUUGCCAGUCUGUGAUUAUUUUUGCUACUGAUGGAAAAGAUACUGAUGGAGAAAAUGUUAGAUGUGGUCCAGGGUACUAUACAAGAAGUGGAUAUGUGCCUGGUCCUGUUUGUAAAUAUAACUGGACCAAAGUUUGGACUGUAGCAGAUGGUAAAAACUCCUACACAAAACCACAUGCCAGGGUGUUCAGUUACUUAAUAAAAGAAGAUGCUGAAAUGUUUCCUGGGAAACUGGCAUGUGGUCAUGGUGGUAGUAUGCUCAAACUGAACACAGGAGAGAACCUCAUAUCCCAGAUGAGUAACUACUUCGAAUUUCUAUCUUCCAAUGCCAAGACAACAAAGGCUCUGUGGACGUCUCCAUACCUCGAUGCUUGGGGUCUUGGCAUCAUGGUCACCCAUGCUAUACCUGUUAUCAGUAAAGUUACCAAAAGAACUAUAGGAGUUGUGGGCAUUGAUGCAACACUAGAUAAGAUAGAGAAUUUCCUCACCAAACACCAGUGGGGAACUGUCUACUCUUUUCUAAUCAACAACCAAGGGGAGACAAUAUUUCAUCCCAAACUUAAACCUAGUACAAAUUUACUUGAAGACCCUAUAUUUAUUCCAAUACAACAACUAGAGAAGAACACAGAAACAAAUGAGCCUGAAGAAUUCUCAGAGAUUGAACGAAACAUGACAUUAGGCAAGGAAGGUUCUCUCAGAAUUGAAAAAGCAAAAGAUGGAAAACCUCGGACAUAUUAUUAUGCAGGGCUGAACAAUUCAGAAUACUCAUUUGCAUACAGUAUUGCCGAUACUGAUAUGGAAUUUCUCAGAUCUCAGGAACCUUUAAACAGGGCCGACUACACCACAAGUUAUUACAACCUGCUCAAGCAUUAUAAUAGUACCCUAGCAAAAGAGUCUCUACCUCCUGGUACGUUAGAAGAGAUUGAAAUAAAGGAGAACGAAGAGAAAUACCCUGGUCUCCGUGUCACAUACAAAUACUCGACUAUAUUCCUUGCUCCCAUGUCUCACUGUGAUCCAAUAGAAUAUAUUUAUGAUGAUGACUUGGAUAAGAAAACUGUGGCUGCACACAAAUGGAUUAAUAGUUUUGAACCAGAUCUUGGGUGUGAAAAAGGAAAGCAAAAAUUUGAAAAAGGUGUCAGAGCAGAUGUAUUGAUCACACAGCCAAUAGAGGAAAUAUGGAAGGCCAGUUUAUUCGAAUCUUUCAGCAAUGUCAAAUGGUUCAAUGUUGGUCUGAGAAGUGGGGUGUUUAGGGCCUACCCAGGGCACAGAUCCAGGAGAACUUAUGAUCCUACCAAGAGACCAUGGUACAAGAGAACUAGUGCUGCACCUCAUCAGAUAUCAAUAUCAACACCAUAUAUGGAUGCUGCCGGUGUCGGCAAGAUUAAUACAAUAUCACAGGCAGUAUUUGAAGGCAUGAAAGUGAAGACAGAGGAAGAGUGUCGGAACUUCUCAAAAACUGGUCCGUGGCCAGGGGGAUGUAAAUGUAAUGUUGAUAAUGACUGUAUAAUCAAGGUAUGUUAUCUAAGUAAGAGUCCUGAGGCAAGUGAUCACCGUCGUUGUGCUACUGAGCGAGUUGAAGCAGUAACAGGUCUAGAUAUUCUGUAUGAUGACUUCCAGAACAAGACAAUGGACAGUAUGGAAGCUAGCGACUUCAAGAAAUCAUGUGGUCAGUUGUACGAUUGUCCAGACAAUGAGCCUGGAUGCUCUACAAGAUGUUACCUUUUUGAUUCAAAUGCAUUUCUGAUAAUGGAUCCAGACUUCUUACUUGCAAGUGACCUGGAUGAGAGUAAAUAUGAGAGAGUACAGCUGGGAGAAAAAGAGGGGGAGGUGAUGAAAGAUCUGGUCUACAAACAUGCAUUUAUACGUAGGACAGAGAAAGUAGAUUUCCAAGGGUCAUGUAGAAUUACACCAGAGGAGCCAAAGGAAACAUUAGCUGGUAUUCCAAAGAACCCUGAGGAACAAGAUGAUUAUAUCAGGAACAAAGGUCCUAUUCCGAAAUUUAACAACGAGUUUGGAUGCAUUCAAGAUGUGGUGGGAUAUUCUGUCAAUGAAACAGCAUUAGGUCCCAGCAGGAUGGUGACUGGUAAUGUAUCAGGUCCUUGUAUGUCUGGGUUCUAUUAUGUGACAACUUUACCGAAGACCAAUCUGUACCUGCUGGUUAUAGAGAACUGGAAACAAUACAGAGAAUCUCUCUUCUAUAACUUCAAUUGUAAAAUUACUAGAAGCAUUGUAAAUUCUGGAGCCUACAGAAUAAUCAAUGGAACAUGUGCUCAUGAAGAUACAGCAUCAGUCACAUUAGCGGGACAGAAUAAAUGUCCAGCUCUGCGAGACCUCAAGCUGCCAUGUACAUAUACAACAGGGGCAGUACAUACUGCUUCAAUAGGAGCACUGUGUAUACUGUUCAUUGUCUCUUUAGUUCUACAUUAGAUUCAAAAUGUGAUACUCAACAGCAGCAGGGUUGUUUUGACUGCAGAGUUGAAAAUGCAAAUUUGUCUCGGGCCAGUUUCAGUAUUUUUGUCCAGAAACUACAUAUCAGAUCAUGAAAUUUUUAACUAGUAUCCAAAGGCAUCUUUAUUGGUAGAUAGAUUUCUUGCAAAACAACAGGACUCAGAUAUUUCAUAUUCUAUAUAAAAAUAGGUAUGUUGUUAGAAUAAAUUAUUUAAACAAGAAUUUGAACAUAGUAAUUGCAUAAUCAUUUGAGAAUAUAUAGAAAUACUUUACACUGUUUAAACAGUUACUAGUGUGUUAUUAUUGUUAUUGUUCAGUAGUUUGGAAAAUUAAGGAGUUGUCCUCUUUUGAGAUUGAGGUUAGAUUUUUGAAAUGCAAAAAACAAGGGAAGAAAAUUUACAAAUUGCUACUAUUCCUUUAUUUAAUGGAACAAAAUUUUCAAUUUUUAUACUGUUUAUUUUAUGCACCUAUGUGUUUACUAGUGGGAUUGAUCUCUCUUUUUUUAUAUUUAGUUAUGAUGCUCAUAGAUCUUUAUUGAAUUUACACUUACAAUGAUAGUAACACUUAUAAUGUAAGUAUUUUGUUUUCCUUUCUGUGCACAAUGUUUUUUUGACUGUACAUGUAGUUAUUAUGUUUAUUGAUUAAGAUAUGCUACAUUGCAUUAGCAUUUGCUUAGUUUAGUUUUGCGUGUUUGAUAAUCUGAAAAUCAUGACAUAACAGCAUUUAUCGAGAAAAAACCUGGACCUGUCAAACAGAGAGGAAAUAUUAAAUAAAAACAGCAAUAUUAUUUUUGGGAUGCAUGUACACGUAUUUCAUAAAGUAUUUGAGUCAACACAGUAUAGGAAUGUUGGGAUUAUGUUUAAGAUUUCACUGGGCAAAACAAGAUAUAUGGACGUUGACUGUGUAAAAAGGACCUAAAAGUUUUGUGUUCAAAAAAGUGUUUGACCUGAAACUUUAUAGGAAUGUUGUUCAGCCUUUUUAGCUCACCUGAGCACGAAGUGCUCAAAGGUGAGCUUUAGUGAUCACCCUGUGUCCGGCGUCCGUCGUCGUCCGUCGUCCGUCCGUCCGUCCGUCCGUCCGUCGUCAACAAUUUGACUGUUAACACUCUAGAGGUCACAUUUUUGACCCAAUCUUAAUGAAACUUGGUCUGAAUGUUACCCUCAAUAAAAUCUUGGACAAGUUCGAUAUUGGGUCAUCUGGGAUCAAAAACUAGGUCAUCAGGUCAAAUCAAAGGAAAAGCUUGUUAACACUCUAGAGGUCACAUUUUUGGCCCAAUCUUAAUGAAACUUGGUCAGAAUGUUACCCUCAAUAAAAUCUUGGACGAGUUCGAUAUUGGGUCAUCUGGGGUCAAAAACUAGGUCAUCAGGUCAAAUCAAAGGAAAAGCUUGUUAACACUCUAGAGGUCACAAUUUUGGCCCAAUCUUAAUGAAACUUGGUCAGGAUGUUACCCUCAAUAAAAUCUUGGACGAGUUCGAUAUUGGGUCAUCUGGGGUCAAAAACUAGGUCACCAGGUCAAAUCAAAGAAAAAGCUUGUUAACACUCUAGAGGUCACAUUUUUGGCCCAAUCUUAAUGAAACUUGGUCAGAAUGUUACCCUUAAUAAAAUCUUGGACGAGUUCGAUAUUUGGUUAUCUGGGUUCAUAAACUAGGUCACCAGGUCAAAUCAAAGGAAAAGCUUGUUACGCUGUAGAAGCCGCAUUUAUGACUGGAUCUUCAUGAAACUUGGUCAGAUUGUUAAUAUUGAUGAUCUCAAGGUCCAGUUUGAAUCUGGGUCAUGUAGGAUAAAAAACUAGGUCACCAAGCCAAAUCAAAUGAAAAGCUAGUUUACACUGUAGAGGCCACAUUUAUGACCAUACCUUAAUGAAACUUGGUCAAAAUGUUAAUCUUGAUGAUCUAUAGCUCAAGUUCAAAUCUGGGUUAGGUGGGGUCAAAAACUAGGUCACCAGGUCAUAUCAAAGGAAAAGCUUGUUAACACUCUAGAGGCCACAUUUAUGACUAUAUCUUCAUGAAACUUGGUCAGAAUGUUAAACUUGAUGAUUUUUAGGGCAAUUUGAAUCUGGGUCAUGUCGGGUCAAAAACUAGGUCACCAGGUCAAAUCAAAGGAAAAGCUAAUUAACACUGUAGAGGCCACAUUUAUGACCAUAUCUUAAUGAAACUUGGUCAGAAUGUUAAUCUUGAUGAUCUUUAGGUCAAGUUUAAAUCUGGGUCAGAUGGAGUCAAAAACUAGGUCACUAUGUCAUAUCAAAUGAAAAGCUUGUUAACACUUUAGAGGCCACAUUUAUGACUAUAUCUUCAUGAAACUUAGUCAGAAUGUUAAACUUGAUGGUCUUUAGGUCAAGUUCGAAUCUGGGUCAUGUCGGGUCAAAAACUAGGUCACGGGGGUCAAAUAAAAGGAAUAGCUAGUUAACACUUUAGAGGCCACAUUUAUGACCAUAUCUUAAUGAAACUUGGUCAGAAAGUUAAUCAUGAUGAUCUAUAGGUCAAGUUUAAAUCUGGGUCAGGUGUGUUAAAAAACUAGGUCACUAGGUCAAAUCAAAGGAAAAGCUUGUUAAGACUCUAGAGGCCAGAUUUAUGACUGUAUCUUCAUGAAACUUAAUCAGAAUGUUAAUCUUGAUGAUAUUUAGGUCAAGUUUGAAUCUGGGUGAUGUGGGGGCAAAAACUAGGUCACCGGGUCAAAUCAAAGGAAAAGCUAGUUAACACUUUAGAGGCUACAUUUAUGACCAUAUCUUAAUGAAACUUGGUCAGAAUGUUGAUCUUGAUGAUCUUUAGGUCAAUAGGUCAGGUGAGCGAUACAGGGCCUUCAUGGCCCUCUUGUUUG